GUUCUACUCAACCAAGUUCGAUAAGUUUGAAGAAUUCAUAUUAAUGAAGCUUGUUCAGAUAGAUUCAAUUAAUAGCUCUAUAAUAUAUUCUACAGGAUCGACCAAAAUUGUAUUCUCUCCUCUAUACCUGUGUCAGUUGAAACUACUAAAUCGGGAGGAAUAAAACUGGAUGAUUUUAGAAAACGCCUUCUUGGUUUUAUAGUUGGAAUUAUGAUCACAGCCUUCAUCUUUACCUGUUUCUGUCUACUCCAUUAUAACUGUAUGAUUGAGGAGGUCCAGACACCAGGAGGGCUCAACAAAGAAAAUAUGGAAGCUAUAUCAUCCUGGGUAUCCAAAGUAUCAGCCUGUCAACCUGACGUGAUACCUGGGGACAUUCUAGAAACUCAACCUCUGCUAUCACAUCUAGACCAAACACCUGAGCCCUUAUGCCCAGAUAAACAUCCCAUACCAAACAAUACAGCAAAAUCAAUCCAAGCUUCAAGUUUAGAAAAGCCAUGCAUACUAUCACCUAAUGCACAAAAAUCAACAAAAUGCAUAAAUAUAGAAAAGUCAUCUACAUCAUGCAAUAGGCCAUUAAAAUCAAAUAGGCCAACUGUGUCAUCGACCCCCAAAAGAUUAUGUAAGUCAUGUCACCUGGAAAAGACAUAUAAGAAAUGUGGCCUCAAAACAUCAAAUAAGCUCAACCAUACCUGUGAAUUGGCUAACGUCAAUUCAUCCUGUUCAGAUAAGCGAGCCAUGCCUUGGCUAUCUGUUCUGCAAACUUCAGCUAAGCGAACCACACAAUCUUCUUCAAUCGCACAUAAUAAAAUCACACCCACCAAACCAUGCAGAAUAAAGAAACCCAACCUGUCACAAGGACAUUAUGAGGUUAAAAGGUCAGUGAAUAGAGGAAAGCCUUUGUUACCCAUGCCUACAGCAGCCAAACUUUGCCGACAUUAUAAGGAUAAAUGCCUAGUGUGCAAUACUUCUGGCUUUCUUCUCAAUGAUCUUUCAAGGAAAGAGAAGAACAAUGAAGAAAAUCUUUAUGGCUCAGUGAAAGUGAAGCCACAUCUUAAGCCUUUCUAUGAUACAGGAUACAAGACUUAUCAGAAGAGUGUGAGCAAUGAUAUUAUGAAAGAGCCUGAGAGUGAAGACAGUAAUACAGAGAUCGUCUUUAUUUAUGACAUAAGUCAUGAUGAUAUCACAAAUAAAGAACCCUUCCAAUAUUAAGGAUUUAAACAAAUUGAUCUACAUACAGAAUAUCCACAUGUAAUCAGUAUUGAGUAUAGAGUUAUCUAUCUCAAAGGUAAUUAAAUGCAUGGCAUU